AUGAGAUUCUUUAUAUAUCUAUUAGUACUGGGUAUUAUACUAAUUUUGGAGAUAUGUCCUACUGUUUGUCAAAUUAAACCAAAACCAUAUCCAGAAAGAAGUGUUGAACCAUAUUUAUCACAAUCAGGUUCACCAUAUGGAGAUAAUGUUGAUUCUCCACAACCAACACCACCAUAUUAUGAAACUCUAUGGGGUGCAUCAUCAAAUCCCCCUGUAGUAACUCAGUGUCAAUUUAUAUUCCCAAUUACAAUAACAAUUGGAAAUUUAAAUAUAACAGAUCCAGUUUCAGUUGAAUUUUCUUGCAAUCAAAAUUUAAUUAAUGGAACAUCUCAAAUUAAUACUCAAUAUGGACCUUUGUCGAUUAGUAAUUCUGCUACAAUAUUACCAGUAUGUAAUGCAUUCACAGAAAUAUUAAAUAAUAUAUCUCCAACUGCUAUUCAAACUUAUACAUAUACAAAUCUAACAUAUUAUGUAACUGGUGAAAUGAUUCAAAGCUUAUUUCCUUAUUUUACAAGCUCAGAGUAUAGUAUAAAUGGAACAAGCUCAUAUGAUUGGUUAUCGCUUCAUGUGUACAGUGAAACUUGGUAUAAUUUACCAUCAGUAUUUAAUUUAGCUCCCCUAUUUAAUACAACUGUUACAUUACCAAUAAUAUACAAGGUUUUUUUACCUGAAUAUAUUCUUCCAAAAGAUAUCGUAAUAGGAACAAAAGGUGAACAUUAUUAUGUUAAUGGAUUUAACAUUACAAUAGCUGAUUUAUCAAAUACUACUGCAAACUCAAAAAAUUCAAUGUGGAUACCACCUAAAACAGGUUUAGCUGGUUUUUUACCUGUAAUAACUCCAGUAUAUCAGAUGAAAGUUGUACCUUAUUAUAAUAACGUAACAGCCGUAUUUAAUAAAGCAGCUGUUACAUGGGGCUAUACAAAUAUACCAUAUACUGUAACACCUGCUCGAGUGAUCCCUCCAACAAGACUUCCUGUAGAAUUAGAAAAAAAUUGUUCAAAUAGUUUUGUAUUUUAUUAUCCAACAGCUCCAUAUUCUUUGGGAGCAACAAUUAAGAACUCAAGUUUUCCAGGUGAUUUAACCUAUCUUCAAAAAAAUAAUUCAAGAAGUUUAUUUCAACGUAAUACCCUCCAAACAUAUAGCUUUUUUAACAAAUAUAUUGUAAUGAAUCCUCCAAAUAUUACUGGAAUAUUAAAUAAUACAGGUCCUCCAUUUACUAUUAUUGAAAAUAAUUUUAUUGGUGGCUGUUUUUAUAAUGGUACAUAUCCAUUAGUUCCUUCAAUUGAUAACUAUGGUUUUACAAACACUGGUUAUUGCUCUUCACAAAUUUUUAAUAAUAGUGUAAAAUAUAAAACUCCUUAUUAUCCACCUCCUCUUAAUUUUAAAGGAUAUUUUCAAUCUGCACUUGAUCAACCAGGCCUGAUAACUAAUAUACUUCAAACUGUAUCAUAUAUAGGAUUAGGCACACCAAAUCAAAAUAAAAAUGACUAUUAUAAAAGAAUAGUAGGACAAUAUCCAGGUGUAUCUAUAGUCAAUCAAUUAUUUUAUGGUAUAUUUAUUCAAGGUCCUCGUAUAAUUUGGCCAACCUCUUAUUUUUUUAACCCUACUAAAACAAUUACACCUGGUGGAUCAUUUUAUGCUAUAUCUCAACAGUAUAUUGAAAGAAUGUAUGGUUCUUAUAAUACAUUGGGUGCAGGAUCAGGAUGUAGAGGUGCUAGGUUUAUACCUUUACCUGUUGAAAUGACAGAUGUAUCUGUUAAAUGGCAAUGUUAUACAACAAAAAAACCAGUUACUCAAAUAUAUGGUGCAACAACCCUAAAAGAUCAAGCAUUUGAAAUAUGUAUGAAUAUAACUAAAGACAGUCCUUUAGUAAAUUGUGUAUUAAAUGAAACUCAGAUACCAUAUACACUUCAAAAUAGUUCAUCUACUACAACUUUAUGGAGUACAAGUAUAACUAAUGGCCAUUAUUCUGAAACUACACCAUUAUUAUUUAUUCAAAAUACUACUACUCCAAUGACAGUAUAUGGAUAUUCAGAAAUAGGAUGGUGGGUUGAAUCAAUUACAUAUCCUAAUAAUUAUCCUCAGUGGUUCUUAAAAGCUCAAACAUGUGCAUAUUUAUCAGAACUUCCAAUGUUUCCUACUUCUAUACCCCAAGUAUUUCUUAUAGAAUCUGUAGUAAAUCCUUGGGAUCAUAUACAAAGUUCUCAUUAUUUUGGAACUAUACCAUUUUUAAAUACUAACAAAACAUUUAGUGUUCAAAUUCAAAUAAAUGAUUCAAAUUUUUUUACAGAUCUUCAAACUAUGAUUAUAUUUACAUCAUAUUUAGUUUGCGAUGGAUAUAAUACAAUGAAACUUACAACUAUUCCAAAUAAACUCCAAGCUUCAUAUAUGAUACCUCCAAAUAAGGUUACAAUAUCUGCUAUAAUUAAACCAUAUUCAUUAUUUGCUGAUCAAAAUAUAAAUUGCUUUAUUGUUUUCUAUGCAAUUCCAUCAUCUAUGAAUACUUCAAUUAAUCCUAUAAGUUUUGGAUCAUUAGCUAAUCAAAUUCCAACAUCACCUCCUAAAGGUAUUGGACAAUUUUUAUAUUAUAUAAGUGCUGAUAUGCCUCCUCAUUUAGGAACUGUGAAAGUCUUAAGUCCUAAUGUAAAUUCAUCAUCUAUUAGUGAUACUAAUUAUAUUUGGAUAUCUCAAUUAGCAUUCCCUACGCAAGUACAAUCUUCAUUCUUCCCAACAAUAGGAUUAAUAGCUUCAUCAGAUCCUAUCAUAUCCUCAUCAUCAAAAAUACUAAUACUUGGGGAUAGUCUGCAAUUACUUCAACAAUCAAUAAGGCUUCCAUCAAUAGUACCUAUUUGGUAUAUUUUUGUCAGAGGUUUAACACCAUCUAAUAGUGGAUGCUUAAUACCAUGUGAUAUAUCAGUUAAACAAAAUUAUAUUACACCAUAUUGUACAUAUAAUAAUACUCAGAUUGGACCUAUAUGCCCAUCAGUUCAAAUUAAAAUGAAUCCAUAUGAUUCUAAUCAACAAAUUCAAGAUUUAAUUGCAGUUGCAACUCAUGAAAUUACAUAUUUAAAUUUAAUUGAUGCUUUACAAAUUGGUAUUGCCUUAUUUUCACAGCCUAUUACACAAAAUCUUGUAUGGGACACUUAUUAUGAUAUAUUAUUUAAAAUGCUUAUAGAAGAACAACAAACUCCAACAGCAGCAGAUUUCUCAGCAUCUAAAUUGAUGGUUUUUAAUAUUAUUAAUUUAAUAUUACAAACAGCCUAUGAUAAUCCAGAAAGUAAUAUUGAUACUCUUAGACCAUUUAUUACAAUUGCAAACAAUACACUUAAUGCAGAAUGUGCCAAUAAUCCUGGUUUCAAAUUUUUACUACUUGAAACAAUAGAUCUUUUAGCAGCUACUAAUGGAUGGAAUUUUUUCAAUGAUAAUAAGCAAUAUCAAAAAAUAUUAUUCUAUUUAACACAAGCAGUUGGAAAUAGACUUUCUUUCUUUAGUGGACCUGGUGAUUCAUUCCAAUGGUUAGGACCAAAAUCUAAUCUGCAAUUUAAUUCUCAAACAAUAUCUCCUAUACAAUUAGAAUCUGGAAUUAAAGUGGGAUCUUUAAAAAUUCCUUCUAUAAAAUUAAUAAAUACCAUCAAAUAUCACUUGAUACAAUCUAUUUUUAUGCAAAUGAAUCCAAAAUUCUAUAAUGAAGGUUAUGUUGAUUCAUAUUGGAUACCUUCAUGUCCAAAUAAUACAUUAACUUUUGCAGUUACUACUAUACCAUCUACUGCUAUAAGUAAUAUUAUUAAUAAUGUGGCACCUACAAAUAAAUAUGUUGAAAUAACUGUUGCAUCAGCAGCUGUAUAUGUUUGCUCAAUUGAUUAUACAAUUUCAAAUUUGCCAUCACCUGUAUCAUUUACUGUAGAACUUAAUUUAGCAGUACCUACAAAUACUACUCAGUUACAAUGUGCUGUUCUCGUAGAUAACUAUUGGUCUACUCAACAAUGUGAAACUUACCAAAUUAAUUCUUCUUCAAUAUUAAGUGAAGUUAAAAUACAAUGCCAAUGUUCUGCUAUUAGUGAAUAUGCUUUAGUAGGAAAUAUUUCUUUAGCACAAAAAUUACCAAUUAUUGUGAAUCCAUGGUAUGGAUUCUCAAAUAAGCUAAAAAAUAUCUUACCAAAUGUUACAAAUCUUACUAGUCAAGUUUCUCGUGCUCAUUCAGGAUUUAUUUAUAUUGAAGGUGAAUCAUCAAUACCAACAAUAUCUAAAGAUACUAAUACUACUGCUAAAGCUGGAAAAUUUGUAUCUAGUUUAAGAAACACAGAUAAUAAUAAGACAAUAAUAUUAGGUAUAAAUGAAGAACAAAUAGAUACAGCUAAGGGGACUACUAUUGAAUAUGGUUUCAUGUAUUCGUGGGAGCCAUCACCAAAUUCAAAUAUUACAACUCUUAAAUCUUAA